AAGGCUUUGAUAUUUUCCGUAUGCCAAUGUGAACAUUUUUUUGUGAUCAGACUGAUCAUUCUGACGCACCCUGACUUUUUCAAACAUUCUCAUAUCUUGUUAUCAACGUUAUAUCAUUUAGUCUUUCCUUUUUUUAUAAUAGAAUUGAUUUAUUUGAAAUAAUAAAAAUGUCAGAUCACUUUGGCCCGAUAACUUUAAAAUGGGAUCCUAAAAAUUUAGAGAUCCGUACUAUGUCUGUAGAAAAAACAUUGGAACCUUUAGUUUUACAAGUCACUACACUUGUAAAUACAAAGGGUCCUAGUAAAAAAAAGAAAGGAAAAUCAAAAAGAGCUAGUGCUUUAGUUGGAACUGUUGAAAAAGCAACUAAUAAUUUUAUUGAAAAAGGAGAACAAAUAGCGUAUGAAAAUCCUGAUAUUACUGCAGAAAUGUUAAGUGCUGUUGAAGAAGUAAGAAAAACAGGUGCUGCAAUGAGCAUUGCUGCUAGAGAAUUUUCAGAAGAUCCUUGUUCUUCUUUAAAAAGAGGCAAUAUGGUUCGUGCUGCAAGAAACUUAUUAUCUGCAGUAACACGUUUGCUUAUUUUAGCAGAUAUGGUUGAUGUGCAUUUGUUGUUGAAGUCAUUGCAUGUAGUAGAAGAUGAUUUAAAAAAAUUAAAGAAUGCAUCUUCACAGGGAGAGUUAUUAGAAAAUAUAAAACAAUUUGGAAGAAAUGCAUCAGAACUUAUGAAUCAAGCUGCAAAACGUCAACAAGAAUUAAAAGAUCCUCAAUUAAGAGAUGAUUUAGCUGCAGCAAGAGCUGUUCUUAAAAAACACUCUACUAUGCUUUUAACAGCCUCUAAAGUUUAUGUUCGACAUCCUGAAUUAGCUGCAGCAAAAGCAAAUCGUGAUUAUGUUUUGAAACAAGUCUGUGAAGCUGUAAAUACCAUUAAUGAUGUAGCACAAGGAAAAACUCCAAUUGAUACUCAACAUCCUUAUGAAGGACCUGGAGAAUUAGCUGCUGCAUUAGAUGAUUUUGAUGAAAGAAUGGUAAUGUCUCCACUUGCAUACAAUGAAGUACGUACAAGACCUAGUCUUGAGGAAAGAUUGGAAAGUAUUAUUAGUGGUGCUGCAUUAAUGGCAGAUUCUUCAUGCACUCGAGAUGAGCGUAGAGAACGCAUUGUUGCAGAAUGUAAUGCAGUUAGACAAGCACUUCAAGAUUUAUUAAGUGAAUAUAUGAAUAAUAUGGGCGUCAAAGAACAAUCAGAAGGCUUAGAAAGAGCAAUUGACCACAUGUGUAGAAAAACUCGGGAUCUUCGUAGACAAUUACGAAAAGCUGUAGUAGAUCAUGUGUCUGAUAGUUUUUUAGAAACAAGCGUACCUUUAUUGGUUCUCAUUGAAGCUGCAAGAAAUGGUCGUGAUAAGGAAGUAGAAGAAUAUGCAUUAGUUUUUACAGAACAUGCUAAUAAACUAGUUGAGGUUGCCAAUUUAGUGUGUAGUAUGUCAGGAAAUGAAGAUGGUGUAAAAAUGGUCCGUUAUGCGGCAGCACAAAUUGGAAAUUUAUGUCCACAAGUAAUCAAUGCAGCACGUGUGCUUGCAGCUCGUAAUCGAUCUAAAGUAGCUUUAGAUAAUAUGGAAGUAUUCCGACAAGCAUGGGAAAAUCAAGUAAGAGUACUAACUGAAGCUGUUGAUGAUAUUACUACUAUUGAUGAUUUCUUAGCUGUAUCUGAGAAUCAUAUCUUAGAAGACGUAAAUAAGUGUGUAUUGGCAUUACAAGAAUGUGAUGCUGAUACUUUAGAUAGAACCGCGGGUGCGAUUCGUGGACGAUCUGCCAGAGUGUGUAAUGUUGUUCAAGCAGAAAUGGAUAAUUAUGAGCCUUGUAUCUAUACAAAACGAGUUUUAGAAGCUGUAAAAGUUCUAAGAGAACAAGUGAUGCCGAAAUUUGCGCAGAGAGUAGAAGUGGCAGUAGAUGCAUUGGGUAGUAGUCCAGCUAAAGAUGUGGAUGAAAAUGAUUUUAUAGAUGCUUCAAGAUUAGUUUACGAUGGUGUUCGUGAAAUUAGGCGUGCUGUAUUGAUGAACAGAGCGGAUGAAGAUUUAGAUCCAGAAGAUGUUGAACUUGAUGAACAUUAUACAUUAGAAACUCGUAGUAAAUCGAGUGCGCAAACUGGUGAACAUGGUGUUGAUGAAUAUCCAGAAAUAAGUGGUAUUACUACGGCUCGUGAAGCUAUGCGUAAAAUGCCAGAAGAAGAUAAACAAAAAAUCUUACAACAGGUAGAAUACUUCAAAAGUGAGAAACUAAAAUUUGAUAAAGAAGUUGCUAAAUGGGAUGAUGCAGGAAAUGAUAUUAUUGUACUUGCAAAACAUAUGUGUAUGAUUAUGAUGGAAAUGACAGAUUUUACUAGAGGUCGCGGACCUUUAAAGACGACUAUGGAUGUCAUUAAUGCAGCAAAAAAAAUUUCUGAAGCUGGAACUAAAUUAGAUAAAUUAACAAGACAAAUAGCAGAUCAAUGUCCAGAAAGUUCUACUAAAAAAGAUCUUUUGGCUUAUCUACAACGUAUAGCAUUAUAUUGUCAUCAAAUGAAUAUUACAAGUAAAGUUAAAGCAGAUGUACAAAAUAUUAGUGGAGAAUUAAUUGUAUCUGGACUUGACAGUGCAACUUCUCUUAUUCAGGCUGCUAAAAAUUUAAUGAAUGCAGUUGUACUUACUGUUAAAGCUUCAUAUGUUGCAUCAACCAAAUAUCCUCGACAAUCUACAGUAACUUCACCAAUUGUUGUAUGGAAAAUGAAAGCACCAGAAAAGAAACCAUUGGUACGUCCUGAAAGACCAGAAGAAGUUAGAGCAAAAGUACGUAAAGGUUCACAGAAAAAAGUGCAAAAUCCGAUACACGCAUUAUCUGAAUUUCAGAGUCCUACAGAAAGCGUUUAAAAUUUUACAUAUUAUUAGAUUAUUAUAGUUAAUGAUUUUAUCAGCACACAUUCUUAUACAUAUCUAGCAAUAAUGUCUAUAAUAAAAAUAUGUAUAAGGCUGUUAUUUUAAGUAAUAUUAAUAAUAAUUAAAGGCCUUAAAUUUUUGCUAAAAUAUUGCAUGAAGGUCAGUUUUUUAUUGUAAUGAAUUUUUUGACAAUAAUAUUGAUAAAUACUUUGUUAUGCUUUUAUAAAAAAAAUUAAUUAAAAUACAAAUAUUAAUAUUAACAUUUUUCCACUGAUAACUAAUUAAUAAAUUAAUAAUUUCAAAUGUAAAAUAUAAUAUGAAUUUUGUAUUUAUAUAAAUACUUUAAUAACAAGUUAUAUUUUAUUUUUAAUAACAACGUAUAUUUUAUUAUAAAGUAAAAUAGUAAAAUUUUAAUUUUUAUUAUUUUUGCUUUAUAUAUUUGCUUUGCAUAUAUAUUUUUAAUAUUUUAUAUUUCCAUAGAAUUUCAAUUAAUUAAAAUUGCAUGUUUUAUUUAAUAUUAUAUUUAUAAUUUAAUGAAAAAAUAAUUUGUUACUUUAUAUUAAUAAAAAUUUGCAAAAAAAUAAUAUAAAUAAGACAGUAUUGCAUUGGAAUAAAGAGACUGCACAUCAAAGUAUUUAAUGAUUGUAUAUAAGUAAAUAUAACUACAUAUUUUAAAAAAAUUCUUCUUUAUGAUGAUUUUGUAUUAGUUGUAGCAUGUAAAAAAUAAUUGUAAAAAAACUGAUACCAAUUUCAUACUUCGUACAAUGGAUGAAGUAUUAUAUUAAAAACAUUUUUAUAAAGCUUUUUGAUAAUUAAUUCAUAAAUUUUUUCAUUAAAAUAAAUAUUCUUUAUAUUAAAAUUUAUUCAAUAUUACUAUUUGAAGUUGACAUAUAUUUAAAAUAAGAUUUGAAAAGAUUAUUUAAAAAAUAUAUAAAAAUUUUAUUAAUUUAUUUUAUAGUUAUCAUUACAUGAUAAUUAUUAAUUAACUACGAAAAUAAUAUGUUAUAUAUGUGGCAAAUAGAUAAUAACAAUAUAAAAUUCUGCUUCAUAUUAUAUGUACUAUUUCAUUUACAUCAGUGUAGUUAUUGUAGUAAAUGUUGCAUUUAAAUAUAUUAAAGCAGAAAAUAUGAAAUAAAACAACUUCAUAGCUUUUAAUAAGAUAUGCAUUGGUAUCAAUUUUUUACUAUUGUAAAACUGAUACUAAUUUAAAUAAAAGUAAUUGUAAGAUUUAAUUGUAAUUACUGAUAUGCUGCCAAAUACAAGGUGAUGCUUUUAACAAA